AUGGAAAAUCACAAACAUAUAGACAAGAUGCAAACGGGAGAUUGGACAUGCUCAGAUGAAAACUGUCGAAAUGUUAACUUUUCGAAAAGAACGCACUGUAAUCGAUGUAAUAGAGUUAGGCCGAAAUGUUCAAUAAAAAAAAAUUUCAAGCAGGUAUUUUUUAAGUCCAAUGACUGGAAAUGUGAUGACUGCGGCAAUAUAAAUUGGGCUAAGAGAGAAAAAUGUAAUAUAUGUGGUAAAAGUAGAUUUACAAAAAAAUUAAGCGAAUUUAAAAGUAAUAAAGAAGUAAGAACAGGAAAAGGAGGAGGGCAUUAUGAUAUUCAAGGAAGUAAUGAAAAAAGAGUUCAUGACUCUGAGGAUGAAGAAUAUGACGAAUUCGGCAGGAAAAAAAAAAGAAAAAUUAUCGAGAAUGGAGAUAAAAAUGCAAAUAUCAAUUUUGAAGAAAGUGAUGUAAGACACAGUAGUUAUCAUAUCAAUAAUAAAGACAACACUAUAUAUAAAAAUAUUACAUACAAAAACAAGCAUUUUGAAAACCCACGAUCUAGAAGUGUUUCGUCAAAUUGUGUCAAAAGAAGUAAUGGAGUAGGGGAUAGUAAAAAGUACUAUGACAGAAAAGCUGAUUAUGAAAAAAAAGGAGAUAGAAGCUAUAACAGUGGGGAUAGAUAUGAUGGCGGAAAACACAGUGAAGGCAGGUACAAUGAUGGCAGAUAUAUUGACGGCAAACGCAGUGAUAGCAGGUACAAUGAAAGGAGGAAUCAGGACAGAGCCGAUUUCUACGAAAACAGAAGUAACGAAAGGCGAGGUGAUUACGAUAGAAAAAAGUAUAGAAAGGAUUAA